ACUCGAUAGGGCAUCUACUCUUCCCCUCAUGAUUCUCCUUCGGGAUGCAGCACCGACUACCACUGGGACGCUGGGUUUAUGGUCUGGAUCCGCAAACCAUAGUUUCCCUCCUUUUAUCUCCAUGUAUCCUUUUGGUCCCUUUGCCUCGGUCCCGACCGAACUACCUUCGUCGACAACGACAGCUUCGGUGUCUGCCUCGGUCCCAACUGAACCGCCUUCGCCAACAACGACAGCUUCCGAGUCGGGAAUCCUGAAGGCGUCUACCAUCGGAUUCAUUGUCCUUGGAGUUGUCAUCUUCUCACUGCAUGUUAUUGCACUCCUUGGGUGGUUAGUAUGGAGACGUCGGAAGAGGUGUCGGGCUCAAGCAGCAGUUGAUGUAUCGGAAAAGAGUAAAAGUUUGGACCUUGCGCAUAACGACAUCUCGACAAUCACCCCAUUCCCUAUCUCUUUCCCUACCCCCGAGCCAAACCCGGAUUCUACCUCACAGGGACAUGAUUUCGAAAGACUUAACGACAACGACCCCAUGCUCCUGAGACUCGCGUAUAAUGACUUGACUCAACGCGUUUCGGCGCCAGGACUUGAAAACCUAGCUAUACCUAGUGUCGCAAGCCCAUCUCAAACCACUGCAGGCGCUACAAUUGCGUCUAGUCCAUUGGCGACACCUUCCAAUCAGCCUUCUUGUAAUGAUACCGAUCCCCUUCAACCGACCCAAGCUGUUGCGUCUUCUAGCAACAAACAAGCAGCCAAUGCCAUUACACGCUCUGUCGCACGACCAGAUGUCUCGGACAACUUCCGAGGAGACGCAAUACCGGUUCAACCGAACACUGUCCCUGAGGGGGUGACUCAAGGGCAUAGGCGAGAAGCCGACGCUGGUGUACGGUUAACUGGAGGACCGAGGGAUGAAGCUUGGAACGAUGUUGAGAGUGAUAGCAUGACGCUUCCACCGGCAUACGGAGAUAUUGGACGAUGAGCAUCCUCAAAAAUUUAGCUAGCUUGAUGUGUUUCAUGACCUAAUACCGGCCUACGUACUAUAGCUAGUCCUUGGUGAGCUGGCUCUCGACCGAGUGUACUUAAUUCCUUAGGUGUAUUAGCAAUGUAAUGAACUGGAGGUCCGUUCCUCCUUAAUCUUGCAAGCACGGUGUAGAGAAAGCGCGUUGUGCGUCUGAACUGACCUAGAUUUAAAG